CCUUCCUGUGACGUAGCGCUAGCCCUCGAUGCUACACGCGGGAAACAGGCGAAGCUGCUCAACACAUUGACAUAGAGCAUCAGUCAUCGCCUGUAGCUGGGAUGGGAGACACACUGGAGUUCAACGAGAUUUAUCAGGAGGUCAAAGGCUCCUGGAAUGAUGGGAGGCUGCGUUUCAGCAAGCAAAAUGUGGUUUAUAAAAACAACAAGACAGGGAAGGUGGACAGCAUCCCAGCUGGUGAGCUAAACCUGGCCCAGUGGAGACGAGUAUGCUUGGGUCACGGCAUCAAGCUGGGCACCAGCACGGGACAUAUCUACAAAUAUGACGGCUUCAGGGACACAGACUUGGAGAAGAUUUCUGAGUUUUUCAAGGCUAACUACAAGGUGGAGCUGGCAGAAAAGGACAUGUGUGUAAAAGGAUGGAACUGGGGAACAGCAAAGUUCUCAGGGCCACUGUUAUCCUUUGAUGUAAAUGACAACACAGCGUUCGAGAUCCCUUUGUCCAAUGUUUCCCAGUGCGCUACAGGGAAGAACGAAGUGACUCUGGAGUUUCACCAGAAUGACGAUACAGAAGUCUCUCUCAUGGAGGUCAGGUUUUACGUCCCACCCAGCCAGUCCGAUGAACGACAAGACCCCGUGGAGGCGUUUGCACAGAGUGUGCUGUCUAAGGCUGAUGUGAUCCAGGCUACUGGGGACGCUGUGUGUAUCUUCAAGGAGCUGCAGUGUCUCACACCCAGAGGAAGAUAUGAUAUCCGUAUCUACCCAACUUUCCUUCACCUUCAUGGCAAGACCUUUGACUACAAGAUUCCCUACACCACGGUCCUCCGUCUAUUCCUGCUGCCACACAAGGAUCAGCGGCAGAUGUUCUUCGUUAUCAGUCUGGAUCCUCCCAUCAAGCAGGGACAGACGCGUUAUCACUUCCUCAUCCUUCUGUUCUCCAAGGAAGAAGACAUCAGCCUCACCCUCAACAUGAGCGAGGAUGAUGUAGAGCGUCGCUUUGAGGGUAAACUCAGUAAAAACAUGUCAGGGUCUCUGUACGAGAUGGUCAGCAGGGUGAUGAAGGCCCUUGUCAACCGCAAGAUUACUGUUCCUGGAAACUUCCAGGGUCAUUCUGGAGCUCAGUGCAUCACAUGUUCCUACAAGGCGUCAUCAGGCCUCCUCUACCCCCUAGAGCGGGGCUUCAUCUAUGUCCACAAGCCUCCUGUGCACCUGCGCUUUGAGGAGAUCUCCUGCGUCAACUUUGCCAGAGGCACCACCACAACACGAUCCUUUGACUUUGAGAUCGAGACAAAGCAGGGAAAUCAGUACACCUUCAGCAGCAUCGAGAGGGAAGAGUACGGCAAACUGUUUGACUUUGUUAAUGCCAAAAAGCUCAACAUCAAGAACAGAGGAUUCAAAGAGAAAAAGGGCAUGAAGGGUAACAUUGACGAGUACAGCGACUCAGAUGAAGACCAGCACGAUGCCUACCUGGAGAGGAUGAAGGCUGAGGGCAAAAUCAGAGAGGAGGGCAAUGACAGUGAUGACUCAGGUGGUGAAAGUGAUGAGUCGUUUAACCCUGGAGAAGAAGAUGACGACAUUGCAGAAGAGUAUGACAGCAACGCUUCAGCAAGUGAAAGCAGUGAUGAAGGUGAUGACAGUGAUGAUGAGGCAGCAAAAAAGAAGAAACCCAAAAAAGCCAAAGUUGUAAAGGAGAAAAAGGAGAGAAAACCACGCAAAGAGAAGAAGCAGAAAGACAGUGGCGGCCCUAAAAGGCCAAUGAGUGCCUACAUGCUGUGGCUUAACUCUAGCCGUGAGCGAAUCAAGUCCGAGAACCCGGGAAUCUCCAUCACUGAGAUUUCCAAGAAGGCCGGGGAGAUGUGGAGACAGCUUGGCAAAGAGGAGAAGGAGGAAUGGGAAACAAAGGCAGGAGAAGCCAAGAGGCAGUACGAUAAACUAAAGAAAGAGUACGCAGAGAGCGGCGGCGGAGGAUCAACUUCCAAGAAGGAGAGUAAGAAGUCUGGAGGUAAGAAGAAGGAGGAGAAAAAGAGGAAGUCUGCUGGGGGAGAUAAGGACAGGGAGAGGGGAGGAGGCAAUGACAGCUUCAAGAGUAAAGAGUUCAUCGAGACCAGCGAGGAGAGCUCAUCGGACUCUGACCACAAGAGCAAGUCUAAGAGGAAGAAGGAAUCAGAAGAAGAGGAAGAGGAGGCUGCAUCCACACCUGCCAGCUCAGAGGAAGAGUCAGACUAAAUUUACACAGUUACACAUGCACAAAUGCAAACACCAAGGACCAAGCAUUCAUACACUGUUGGUUCACACCAGACUGACGGAAACACCAACAAGCAUGAGUCGUGUUUUUCUUCUUCGUGUCUUUUUAUAAGUAAGAAUCAACUCUAAAAGCUCAUGUAACAUUUGUCAUGUGUUUUUCCCCUCAGAAAAAUCUGUGGGACAGAGGAAAACAUGUUCUCCAGACGUCCUGAAGAUUUUUUUUAUUUCAGCCGUAGUGGUGGGGAUUGUAGUUUAAUAGCACUGAGCGAUGUAGGAGUUUGUAGAAAAUGUGGAUAUAAAGAGGGGAACACAUUUGAAUAAUUUUGUCCAUCCUGUGUAGAGCAUCCCAGAGCAGUUAAUGUUGUUUUGUGUUUUGGAAUCUCAUGUUUCAGGCUUGAAUAAAUAAAACUCAUUUUUUAAAUUGUA